CACUUGGCAGCCGGCCGGCCAGGCGCGCCAAAAUAGCCAGUGGAAAGCGAUCCCCUUCCGCGCGUAUCCAUUUUCAAUUCGCUCCUUCGCUGCAGCUGCAUCAUCAAUUUCAACUGCCUUCCCCAGGAGAAGAAUAAAAACAUAUGAAAAGGACAAGAAAAAAAAAAAACAACAAUAAAGGGGGAGAAAGCCGGAGAGGGACGCAAGCAAUCAUACACCGGAAGGGGAGAAGUGGUGAUUCGAAUUUCCGCCAUUGAAGCAAUCCCUGCUCUGCUCACCCAUCCUCUAUUUACCGCCUCGGCCUGCAAAUGAUUAUUGAAGCAUAGGGCUCCGCCAACAAGAAGAUUCGAGGUGCAAAAGGGGUAAAAAAAAGACCCAAACCAUGAAGUCGUUGCUGCCCAAGGUUUAAGGCAUCGUAGGCUUUGGUGUUGAAAUUGGGGGAAGAGAAACGGAAAGGAAAGAGAGAAAUGGAAGUUGAUGGAGUGUAUGCUUCAGUUGAUCCCACUGUCGUCCGAUCAAUUCCGAUACAGUCACGCCGGCAGAGAGCUUUACAUCAAUUCACACAGCAGACUCUCCCAGCUUGUAAGCCUGUACUGACACCAGCAUCGGUGAUUACAACAUUUUUCUUGUUGGGCCUUAUUUUUGUGCCUGUUGGAUUUAUCACUCUUCGUGCUUCUCGUAGUGUCGUUGAGAUUGUGGAACGGUAUGAUGCAGAUUGUGUGCCCGAGGAAUUUAGAGGCAACAAGAUGUCUUAUAUUGCAGACAGUUCUAUUCCAAAAAAUUGUUCCAGGACGUUGAAGGUGCCCAAGAAUAUGAAAGCCCCAAUUUAUGUUUAUUAUCAACUUGACAACUACUACCAGAACCACCGAAGCAUUUGUCUUUUGUCCACACUAUUUGAUUUGGUGAAAGAUUUCCAGCUAAGCGACCAAGAGGAUUUUAUUGUAUGGAUGCGCACAGCGGCCCUUCCAAGCUUCAGAAAGUUAUAUGGGCGAAUCGAAGUGGAUUUAGACAUGGACGAGGAGAUAACAGUGGACCUAAUGAACAACUACAAUACAUAUAGCUUUGGUGGGAAGAAGAAGAUUGUGCUUUCGACCACGAGCUGGAUCGGUGGAAGGAAUGACUUCAUUGGGUUUGCAUUCAUGUUUGUUGGCUCAUCGUCAAUACUCCUGUCACUGGUCUUCAUGCUGCUUCACGUCAAGAACCCCAGGACUUAUGGAGACGCUGCUUACUUGGCCUGGAACAAAAAGGGCAUUUCUGGUUGA